CUCAGCCUCCUUCUCCUCCCUGGCGAGCGGUGACUGUGCAGGGCGGUGCGGGGAGCCAAGCAGCCACCGGAGGAGGCUGCCCCGAGGACAGCGCGAUCCGCCCGCGCCGGCCGGCAGCAACCCGCGCCUCGCCCAGCCCCAUGCCCGAGUGGCGCUGAGCCCAGCCCAGCAUGGCCACCACCGCCCCGUGCACCCGCUUCACCGACGACUACCAGCUCUACGAGGAGCUCGGCAAGGGAGCCUUUUCUGUGGUCCGCCGAUGUGUGAAGAAAAAUUCAUCCCAGGAAUAUGCUGCAAAAAUCAUCAAUACCAAAAAGCUGUCAGCCCGAGAUCACCAGAAACUGGAACGUGAGGCCCGAAUCUGCCGACUUUUAAAACAUCCAAAUAUUGUGCGGCUCCAUGACAGUAUUUCAGAAGAAGGUUUCCACUACCUCGUCUUUGAUCUGGUCACUGGUGGAGAGCUCUUUGAAGAUAUUGUCGCCAGAGAGUACUACAGUGAAGCUGAUGCUAGCCACUGUAUUCACCAGAUACUGGAGAGCGUGAAUCACAUUCACCAGCAUGAUAUCGUGCACAGGGAUUUGAAGCCUGAAAACUUGCUACUGGCGAGUAAAUGUAAGAGUGCCGCUGUCAAGCUGGCCGACUUUGGACUGGCUAUAGAAGUGCAGGGGGAGCAGCAGGCCUGGUUUGGGUUUGCUGGUACUCCAGGCUACCUCUCCCCUGAGGUGUUAAGAAAAGAUCCUUAUGGAAAACCAGUGGACAUAUGGGCAUGCGGAGUGAUUCUGUACAUACUGCUAGUGGGUUACCCUCCCUUCUGGGAUGAAGAUCAGCACAAGCUCUAUCAGCAGAUCAAAGCUGGAGCCUAUGAUUUCCCAUCACCUGAGUGGGACACAGUGACUCCAGAAGCAAAGAACUUGAUCAAUCAGAUGCUGACGAUAAACCCGACUAAACGCAUCACGGCCGAUCAAGCACUUAAACACCCAUGGGUCUGUCAACGAUCCACUGUGGCCUCCAUGAUGCACAGACAAGAGACUGUGGAGUGCUUGAGGAAGUUCAAUGCCAGAAGAAAGCUGAAGGGUGCAAUCCUCACAACAAUGCUGGUCUCACGGAACUUUUCUGCUACCAAAAGCCUAUUGAACAAGAAGUCGGAUGGAGUGAAGGGCUUGAAUGGCAAUAGAGGUUGCACAGCAAGUGGAACUUGCACUGAUCGAACAUUAUGUGAAAUGACGAGGCUGUGGGAGAACUCUGAGGGAAGCAGAGAACCAUUAAUGUGGAAUCCUUCUCUCCUGGGCACACAGCAGCAGCCACAGAGCAACAACAAAACCAGUCUAGUAAGCCCAGCAAAAGAAACUCCCCCAAUGCAGACGUCCAUGGAGCCUCAAACGACUGUUGUCCACAAUGCCACAGAUGGCAUAAAGGGUUCCACAGAGAGCUGUAACACCACCACUGAAGAUGAGGAUCUGAAAGCUCCCCCUCUCUCCACCGGGGAUGGCAGCUCAGUGCUUGAAGGACGGAGGCACAGUGAGAGCAAAACACAGACUGAGUCCAUGCAGUCCCAGCUUUCUCUCUGUUUCUCAGCCACCACGCAGUCUUGUGAGGAGAAGCUGCUUGCCUGGGACAGCCCAGGGCAGACACUGGAGUUAGAGCGUGCUCAGUCGGAGCCUUUGCUAACUCCCGUAGUUCCGUUUGUACUUAACAGUGCAGCGUUGCGCAAACAAGAGAUCAUUAAGAUAACAGAGCAGCUGAUUGAAGCCAUCAACAAUGGAGACUUUGAUGCAUAUACGAAGAUCUGUGACCCGGGCCUGACCUCGUUUGAACCCGAAGCACUGGGGAACCUAGUCGAAGGGAUGGACUUUCACAAAUUUUACUUUGAGAACUUACUGUCCAAGAACAACAAGCCAAUCCACACCACCAUCCUGAACCCCCACGUCCAUGUCAUUGGUGAAGACGCAGCCUGCAUUGCCUACAUCCGCCUGACUCAGUACAUCGAUGGCCAGGGCCGGCCCCGCACCACACAGUCUGAAGAGACCCGCGUCUGGCACCGUCGCGAUGGCAAGUGGCUGAACGUCCACUAUCACUGCUCUGGGGCCCCUGCCGCUCCGCUCCAGUGAGGAUCAAACACAGCAGCUUUUGGAGAUACACAGCUGGAGGGCAAUAUCUUCUUAGCAAGCAGCUCUGGAGUGCCUGAGUGACAGCAACAGUCAUGUCGGUUUUGACGUUUAAAAAAAAUUACAAAUUACAAAGCGGCAGCAGCCAAAUGCACGAAACCCUGCAUGCAUCUGAUGCUCCGGGCGCUGCCACCUUUCUGUUGUUUUCCAUGGAUCCAUCGUGUCUGUUUCUGCUGUACGAAGGUGUUUUUUAAAUCUAAGAGAGACAUGUUGUUUGUAUUAAAACAUAAAAUAAACCGGAAUAAUGAUAAAUAAAUGACAGACUGUCCAACACCCCCUCCCCCAGGGCUGACAAAAUGGCAUCAACUGGAGCAUCUUUCAGAAACCGAGCGAGGGGGAAAGCAAAAGGGAAGGCGAGAGAGCGCGAGGAGGAGCCGGCAGCUUGAGCAGCGGAUUGCUGAACUCUGCUCCACAAAGGCAAGGUGGAAGCUAACAUUGCAUUCAGGUUGUGCUGUGACUUUAAUCCGUGAGAGGUGGCGAGGAGACACUGGAGGGGCCUGAAUGAAGAAUGGGAGGGAAAGGUGGAGGAAUGACACUUCUCCACUCCCCACUGCCCAGCAGACUGACUUCAGCCCGAGUUUCUUCUUAAGUCUUCAGCGUGGUGUGGAUGCUGUGGAAAGCUGGCUGCUCAGUCGCUGGAACCCACAGACUUCCUAAAAACGAAAUAGGAUGUCGAGUAAAACCAAGGCUGGAAAAGGGGACUAUAAAAAAAUGGUUUAAAUAAAAAUAUAAAUAGGAGCUUGCUCUUGAGAGAUCCUGGUUUUAGAAGUGGCCACUCUCUGGCCAAACACGAAGGUUUGCAGCUAGCUGACAAAAGAAAAGUUAAGAGCAAAGGUUUUUAGAGGAAGAGGGUACGUGUAUGGGAUUUCUUUUAUUGCUUUUCUUUUUCUUGUAGUGUAGUUGGGAUCCGCAGUGCUGCAGAACACAUGUUCCUUAGGAAGCAGAUGAGAAAACUAGUGUUAUGUUCUUUUAUGAAGUCUCACGCAUCCACCUCUAUAUGAUGCAUCAUUAGCUUGUGUUUGAUACUGAAAUAUAUGCACCCAUAGAAUUAAGGGGCUCACUGGCUUCCAGUUUGAUUUUUUGUUUUGUUUUGUUUUGUUUUGUUCUCUGGUAAAAUAGCAGAGGGAGCCAGCAACCCAGGGCAGGUGCUUCUCCCCCCAUCUGUUCUGUAAGUGUCAUGUGUCCUGGUGUUCUUUUGGCUAGCUUUUCUGUUUUUUCAUGUUGAUGAUGUAAUUCAUAGAACAAUCUGCUCAGAAUCUCAGCAGACUGUAGACAGAGGGCUUCAGGCCUCAUGAUACAGAGAGGAAAGGUAGUUACUACAGACCUUUUGAUGCUUGUCCUUUGGGCAAAUUCAUCUUCCUUCCUUUGUUGGGGGAUGCUGUCCAUUUCCUUUAUUUGCUAAAGGGGAACGUUGAAUUAUUUUGUUGACUUGUCAUGAAUUAAUCCUGGCCAAGAGAAGCAAAAGGCCUUUUUAGUAGGCUCUCUUAGCACUAAGAGGCCCCCUGAUUUCUGUGUCCUGAUCAAGAGGAGGGCAGGGACUUGGUCGUCAUUGUGGGAUAUUGGGAUCAGCUUUUAGCUGAAGUCUCUCCAACUAAAAAUCACUAAAUUUGGUCCUGGGGCUUUACGGUUUGUUAUCCCUACCCUCCUGAGGGACAGAGUAGACAGUAUAUUAAAAGAAGGCAACGUUGUAAUGGGUUCUAAGGGAAAAGGAGGGCUACAUUAUACCUUGAUCCUUUUUCAGUGGAAUGAUGAAGGACCCGUAAGCUAUAGCACUGAGCGGAGUUACUGCCUUGCUCUGGAAAUCCCUCCACUCCCUUAUAAAGGAAGACCCUUAAGUCAAUCCCACCCCCUGACUAGAGCAGCUAAUCCAUGGUGCAGGAAAAGGCCAUUCAUACUUCCCAGGGUUUGUCUGGACAAAUAGUUUUCUUCCUUCCGCCACCAUCCCAACCGCAUGUGUGGGUGAGGUGUGGGGACUGAGACAGGAGGGGGUGAACACUGUCUCUUAUCGUUUUGGAACAUUUUUAGGAGGGCACUAAGCUAGAGAGUCAGGUGGAGAGGAAAAGUUUUGAUAUUUUAUUCAGAUUUAAAAAAAAAAAGGCCACGCUGAGAGCAAACAGGACAUUACAAUUAUGCAGUUUUCAAAAGAGAAAUACAAAAAGUUAUGCAUGCCUUCUUCAGGUCUGAUCUUUCCUUGUCUCUUUACCUAUUGAUUAUUAAUGAUUAAAAAAGACCCUCUGUAUUUAGUAACUGCAUCUUUCAGAGAAAACUUAACAAAUGAUUGGGUUGUUUUGGUUUUGCACAGUCUUGGAGACAAGCUCUCUGUUUAUUCUUUUAAGUUAAUGAGAACUUUAGCUUGGUAUGGCCAUUAUCAGACAUAGCUGUACACCUUUAGCAUUCUUAAUGUUCUCUUAUGGGGCUAAUAUAAGCAUCUAUAUAAUAUAUAUUAUAAAUAUCAUAUUUUAAACAGGAAAUGGAAGGCGUUUGAUGCAGAAUUUUUGCAUGAUAUAGAAAUAAUUAAAACAAAGUUUAGCUAGUGUUUGUUUGGUCUGAAUGUUGGUAGAAUCUUCAUAGCUUUGUUACAAUGAAAUCUUAACUGAAUAUAUUUAAUAAAAUAACAUUUAAACAGGG